AUGAGUUUUAGCAGGGGCGAUUAUGGAUACAACGAAAAAACUGCCAGCGCAGGCGCGCGAUAUCCACAUGCUGUAUUCCAUAUCGAAGAGGUCCUUCAGCGAGUUGCCUACGAACCAUCAAGUAGCACACGUUACAUUACUGAGGAUAUGAAUACGAGUAUUGCUUCCGUCUGGCGAGUGCUACACGAGCAACAACUUUAUCCUUACCACUUCCAGAAAGUUCAAGGAUUGAGUGCAGCCGAUUAUCAUCGUAGAGUUCAAUUUUGUCUAUGGCUUCUUCAUCAAAUCGCUGCACAACCAAAUUUUUUACGCUAUGUUUUAUGGACCGAUGAAGCCUCUUUCACAAGAGACGGUAUUUUUAAUAGUAGGAAUGGCCACGUUUGGGACAAAGAAAAUCCCUGUGCAAUUUUUCCUAGAAAACAUCAGCAACCAUCGUCUGUCAACGUAUGGGCAGGCAUUGUUGAUGAUUAUUUGAUUUGGCCAUACCUUCUACCGGAACGGUUAACAGGACCUAUUUACCGGCGUUUCUUGGGGGAAGUUCUUCCAGAACUUCUUGAAAAUGUUCCAUUGAACGUUCGACAGCAAAUGUGGUUUCAGCAUGAUGGAGCGCCGGCUCACUUUGCUGUACAGGUACGUGCGUAUUUGGCUCAGCGGUUUGGGCAUCGUUGGAUUGCCAGAGGUGGAGCAGUUUCUUGGCCUCCUAGGUCACCCGAUUUAUCGUCGCUAGAUUUUUUCCUGUGGGGACAUGUAAAGUCUCUGGUUUACGAAACUCCAGUAGAAACAGAGCAAGACUUAAUUGGACGGAUUACAGCAGCAUUUGAAAUCACUCAAAACGAGUAUCAAAUGUUUAGUCAAGUCCGCCGAAAUCAUGUGCGACGUUUAAAUCGGUGUAUUCACGUUGGAGGAAGACAUUUUGAACAAUUGUUAUGAUGAUAUCAUGUACAAAAGGCAAAAAUUAAAUGCAUUAAAUCCUAUUUAGGCAAUUCAUCGUCUUGCUACAUUUUAACGCGUCUUAGGGCCGUAGUGUCACUUUUCCGGAUAUGGGUCCCUAUACUCAAAUGUUUUCUACUGUUACACUGAAUAACCGCUAGAAGUUUGAUCCCUUAGUUCUAUUUCGAAAAUUAAAUUAUGUUUUUUUCAAUGUUACAUUACAAGUACAUCACGAAAAAUCGUCUAUUGGUCUGUUUGUGUGUCCGGCAAUCCUUGGCCCGUCUAUAACUUGGAAAGGACUGCACAGUAGAUUCUUCCAUAAGCCAAAAAUCCCAAAAAUUCAUGAGUUUACAACGGUCUAAAUGAGUCGCUAAGUUAUCGAGUAGGCGCGAGGUUUUUAAAAAAUAUGAAUAACAAUGAAAUUAGUCAAACUGUCAUUUACUUUCGUUCAUCGUAAAUGACAGCUUCUCGGGGGACGAAGUCAUUGCAACUUACUUACUUUUUUUGUGGAUUAUAAUUUUAAGCUUAGUGUUUUCACGUGGUGAUAAUAU